GUCGCGACGAGCAGCCGAGCGAGAUGUCCUAGAUGUAUACGUCGAUGUACCAGCAGCGACAGGAAGCGGAGUUCAGAGUACAUCACAGAUGGCUACGAUGAGUGACAUGCCAGAGAUGGCAGCUGCUCACUCCUGCAAGAUCGCAACCGCACAAGCUUCAGUCAGUCCUGCAUCAGCGGGAGCCACUCCCAGCUUUGCAGCUCAGAUGCAAGUCCGCAUUCGCCAGCUCCUUGCGGACCACAUCGACUCCGACUCCAACGUCGACCUGGUCGCUGAGCUACGAGAUCUGGCGGAUAAGAUAUCACAGGACGCGGAGACGCUUGAGAAGAGGCUGUGAGGCCUGAGCUGGGGCGGACCCGGAACUGCUUCCGUGUUGAUUGACUGUGCCAUUCGAUGCGCGAGUGGCCCUUCCUGAGAGAAUUGGACACACUGGAGAUGCUCCUGGAGGCUUAGAGGGCCUGGCUCGGAAGGACAUAAUCAUUUGUGUGCAUCUGGACAGCACACUCGUUGCCGAAGUAAUCGAACUGUGGCGAGCUAUCUCGAACGCAUGCAAGUGAAGACGGUUCAAUUUGGCCUGAGCACUGGUGUGACGCGGAUCGCCAAGGCAACGUCCGCUACGCAGCCGGUCUGGUUUCCAUGAUCUUCCACUCUGUCCCACAUCGUCACGGAAACAUUCAACACUGCAUCGUCCGAGAAUGUCGGACUACUACUACUACCGAAGGGCGCCGCGCCCAUCGCCUCGAUCGCUCCGGUCGCGCUCGUCGCCCCCGGCACCAGCAACAGCGCACACCGUCCCUCCGCCCACUCCCGCCUACUCCCUCUCUAUUCCAACGGUGGUUGUUGGAGAGAAGCGAUCGAAAUCGCCCGCCAGCACCGUCCCUCCACCCACUCCCUCCUUCACCACCUUCCCCUCCUACCGUGCUCCAACAGGCGCUGCCCGUGUCGCGGUCCCCAACGCUACCUCCUCCUCCUACGCCGCCACCGCUGCCACCGCGGACGAGAUGCUUGCGACUGAGCGGAUGGAGGGGCCCGCGUGUGCCAGAGAUCGCGAGACCAUUGCGCGAGAGAUGACACAGGGUGAGGGUCGGUUGCCAUAUUCUCGGGCCUACCAGCCAACCGCCUCGAACACUCCACGAGACCGCGUCGCCCCUGCUGCCAUGGAAAUGGCAGAGCCUGCUGAGCCUGUUAUCCGCGAUCCCGAAUUAUCGGUCGAGGUCAACGCCCGCUGGCUCAUGGCACUAGCCACAGACGUCGAGGACAUGUUUUCGGAGAAGGUGGCGGACAUUGAUGAGGCUACAAUCGGUAUGCGCCAGGUAGCCGCAACACUCAAGUACGUUUCCGAUUUUAUCGGGAUUCACCAAGACCCCGGAACGCCUUCUCCAGCUGCUCAAGAUGUGAUCUUUGCUCUGCAAGUCAAGUUUCAGGAUUACUCCGUCACCGUGACUGAUGCACAGCAAGCCGCCGAUAUGCAAAAUCUGGCUGUCAUUUUGGAGAAGCGUGCCGAUAUCGCGAACAUCAUGCCAAACAUCGAGCUCCACGAAAUGAUGAAUUCCUUGGCGGAUCACUUACUGCAACUGGUCAGCAGCCCGGCUGAGAUGGUGACCGGUAUGCGUGAGGUAGCCGCGAUGUUGGAGCAAGAUUUCAAUGGGUUCGACAGCGGUGAUGGUAUUCCCACACGCUCGUUGGCUGCUCAACAGGUGCACAGAGUCGCCGUAGAGAAGAUCUGCGAGCGUGAUGAUGACGACCUGCAGAAGCUCAGCAACAUUCGUGCCUUGGCUAAGAUUGUGGUGGAAUCCCCCAAUGCGUACUGGCAGAUUUGAUGAGCUGUAAGCCUAGGCAUAUGAGCAAGGUGCACUGCAUACCUACGAUGUGGGCGUGGAAGCCUGUGUCAAGGAGGCAAGAACAAGGGUAUCACGCUGGUGCUUGUGAAUGAAUAAAGGUUCCUGUCGGGUUCUCAGAGAGUCUGUUGAACAAGCUGGCUGGCGACGACAGGAAUACCACACUUUGUCCUUUUGAUGGAGCAAAGGUAUCUCAUGCUUUCCUACGGGGACUGAUGCAUAACGCGUGGAUGGUUAAAAACUUUUUCCUGAAAUGCCCUAGAUACCUUCUCCAA